AUGAGUUUUUUCUCAUUUGACAAUCUUCCCAGGAUCAGAACGCGCAAGGCGCUUAUCUUGCUCGACUUUCAGAAUGACUUCGUUCGCCCGUCCGGGGCCCUCCACAUCCCCAAUACCUCAGAUUUCCUUGAAACCCUGGGUCCACUCGCCGCAGCAUUCCGCAAAGUCGGCGACGUGAUUUGGGUUCGUUCGCAAUAUGAGGCUCCACAGUCCACCUCGGACUGGAAUUUUGGCGAUCGUAUCGUCCUGGCCAAGGAGCCACACAAGAAACGGGGCGUGCCCAAGUCGGAAGUGAUUGAAGUCGCAUCAGAUCGCGAUUCUCCAGAGCCUGUCGAUACCGAAGCUUUUUUGUCUACCCGGUCUCCUAUCUGCUGUGCCGCGCAAACCCCCGGUUUCCAGUUCCCCGCGCCCGUUCUUGCUGCUAUCAACCCCGAGCAUGACACCGUGUUGGACAAGACAGGGUACUCUGCACUAGAGUCGAAUGACCUUGUGCUCUCAUUUCGGACUCGGUUUGUAACAGAGGUCUAUCUCUGUGGUUCUUUGUCCAACGUCUCUGUCUACGCCACUGCACUAGAUGCUGUUCGCAAUGGAUUUGCGGUCACUCUUAUUGAAGAUUGUCUGGGAUACCGCGAGUUCGGGCGCCAUCGUGAAGCCAUGCGCCGCAUGGCAGAUAUCCUUGGUGCAACUGGUUUGACAGCGGAAGAGUUAUACCAGGAAUUAGAUUGGGAGGAGACAGACGCUAUUGCUCGGGGUGGAUCCCCAAACAAACGGCCAGCUGGUGCUUCACUUGGCCUUGAGAGUAUCAUGGACACUUUGGGGGUCGAUCCGGAAGAGCCCGACGAGGAUCCAGAUAUGGCAAGUUUAACAGAGAUUGCCUCGCUUACUCGGCUGCAUCGGAAGGCUGCGGGCGCUGCGCGGUCUUCUUCCGAGGGAACGAAGCAAGUACGCGCGCGAGUGCGCCGACCCAAGCGGCGCCAAGAUCCGGAUGCUUCAGAUGGAACAGGCGAUAUGCCCAAGCCCCCCGCAGAUCCUGCACGGAAAUCAGAACCUGUUAUUGGUGAAGGUGAUUCGCGCCUUGUCCACCACCUUGAUAUCCCUAGAAAUUCUUUCGAGCGUAUCCGAAACGAGGUUUCUUGGCAGAAAAUGUACCAUCUGUCCGGCCAGGUACCUCGACUUGUCGCUGUCCAGGGCCAGAUUGAGCCGAAUAAGGCCAUUCCAAUCUAUCGACACCCCGCCGACGAGUCGCCACCCCUGAAGCCGUUCACGUCUGCCGUUGAUGAAGUUCGCAUCGCAGUCGAGAAAGUUUUGGGCCAUUCAUUGAACCAUUGUUUGAUUCAACUCUACCGAGAUGGGCACGACCACAUAUCGGAGCACUCUGAUAAGACGCUGGAUAUUGCUCGAGGCUCUUUCAUUUGUAACGUCAGUUUGGGAGCCCAGCGAGUGAUGGUUCUUCGCACAAAAACAUCCUCGGAGCACAAAAAUAAAGAAGAAUCAGGCCGGACCACGCAACGAGUACCACUUCCAAAUCAAUCACUUUUCAUUCUAGGCCCGAAAACCAAUAUGCGCUGGAUGCAUGGUAUUCGGCCGGAUAAACGCCCAGAAACUACCAAGACUACGGAAGAACAAGUGCACGGCGGUGAGCGCAUCUCACUGACCUUUCGACUAAUUGGCACAUACCUUCACCCGACCAAGAAUUUGAUUUGGGGCCAGGGUGCCGUGGGAAAGUCUCAGGAUACAGCUCGCCCCGCUAUUCAUGGAAAUCCCGAGGAAACAGAACGAAUGAUUCGUGCAUUUGGUCAAGAAAAUCGCUUGUCUGAAUUUGACUGGAAUGCCGUCUAUGGCGAUGGCUUUGAUGUAGUCAAUUUUGUUACUACAUCGUCAUCGCAACUGACACUAAGCGGAGAUCCAGUGGCAGACCUGAGAGUGCGCCUUGGAUUGGGGGAAAGUGGUAUUCGAUACGAGAUUUCUGAGACCCCAAUCAUGGAAAUAGAAGGUAACGAAAGCAAAAGAAUGGUAUAUGUUGAUCCCCAGGGAACAACUGUCACUGGUGAUCUGGCUAUUUUGAGAUAUCUGGGUUCUCGACCCGCCGAAAAUUCACGACCUGGAGUCGAAAUCCUGAGAGGCGGGAGCCAUCUCUCAUGGAUAGAAGACUUGCAGCUGGAAUGGCGCGAACAUUAUGCAAAAACGCCCAUGGAAGUGUUUACUGGUGGCCUUCGAAACUGGGAGCGUGCCCUAGAGGGACAGCAUUACUUGGGAGGCACGAUAUUUGGCAUCGAUGAUUGUGGGCUCUGGCCGAUCUUGUGGGAGAUCGCACAUACCCAAGGGGGCUUUGAUGCUCGAUUUGCCAACGUGACCCAGUACUAUCAUCGGGUUGAGAAGCGGGGCAUUGUUCGAGGCAUCUUGGAGUCCCGGUGA